AAGGUACAGACAAACACGAUCAUCCUUCUACUACCUUCUCCUCCCUAUUGGAGACAAAAACUAGCCAAAGCUGUUGCCCUGGGAUUUAAGAUGGCGUUCUUGAGUGAACAGAGUCGAGUUAGGGAAUUAUUUGAUUCUGUGACUUUUGGAGUAGUUCGAUCGCUUGGUAAGUCCUCUUUUCAAAUACUUAAUUUAUACUUACUUUAACAGAAACGGGUAAUUAAAUUUAAUGCAAAACUCUGAUUCAAAUUUCAUGAAACUCGAGGUAAAAACUGAAGUAAGCUCAGCUGUGAAUAUGCCGCGCUUCCACUUUUUUUUUCAGAAAAGAAGCCAGGUGUAACAGAUUUCCGUCUACUUGAUAGACGACAAGCGGAAAAACACAUUAUCUUUACUUGGGAGAUGGUAAUAUUGCAUUUCCUGAAUAAACAUUAA